GUGAAAGGCUACAAGAAGUACUUGCUGCCCGAUAGCCUCCACUUUAAGUCAUACAAUCCAUCUCACCUUCUCUCACGUUGAACCAUACAAAUUGAAAAGAGAAAAAAUUGUUUCAUAUCGAAUUUCGCGGGAGCGCUGACAUUUCGCGUAUCGACUUCAGCAGUUCAAAUUUAAAUGUUGUUCAUUGAAGAACAAUAGAAUUAUAAUUAUUAAUAACCUUAAGGUUUUAUUAUUGAAAGACUGAGCUUAUAAUAAACUAAUAAUGGAUAAAAGUGUUUUAUUUUUGUGUCUGGCUGUGAUUAUUGGUGGUAAAUGGGGAGAAGCCCAGACGACAGGACCACAUCAUAGUAGAGUAGUCGUAUGUUACCUAGGCACUUGGGCUGUGUACCGACCAGGACGUGGCUCUUUCGCCAUAGAAAAUCUAGAACCUUCCUUAUGUACCCACGUGAUCUAUUCCUUUGCUGGUCUUAAUAUAAAAGAAGAUUCUAUAAAAUCUUUAGAUCCUUGGCAAGAUCUUACAGAAAACUAUGGCAAAGGAGGUUACCAGAGAAUCACCACCCUCAAACUCAGGUAUCCUCACCUUAAAGUUUCUUUGGCUAUUGGAGGUUGGAACGAAGGUUCCACAAACUACUCCAAAUUAGUUUCAGAUGCUUCUAGAAGGACCAAAUUUGUUACCAAUGCAGUAGAAUUUAUUAGAAAAUACAAUUUUGAUGGCUUGGAUUUGGAUUGGGAGUUUCCAGCUAAAAGAGGUGGCGUUCCAGAAGACAAACUAAACUUUUUAUUAUUAGUUAAGGAAUUGAAAGCAGCUUUCAGAAAACACAACCUCCUCCUCACAGCAGCUUUUGGGGCGGGAAAAGACACCAUAGAUGUAGCUUAUGACGUAGAAGGUUUGGCUAUUUAUUUAGAUUUUAUUCACAUGAUGUGUUACGAUUAUCAUGGCGCUUGGGAUCAAAAGACAGGAGCCAAUGCUCCCUUGAAAAGUAGUGACGUUUUAAAUGUGGAAUACACUCUAAACUACAUGAUGAAACUGGGUGCUCCUGCCAAUAAAUUAGUCUUAGGGGUACCACUCUACGGACGUACCUUUGUCCUUCCUGAAGCAUUAAGUUCUGAAUCUAAGCGGAAACCUAAAUUAGGUAUGGUUUCUACUAGUGUCGGGUUCCAAGGUCCUCUUACCAGAGAAAGUGGCUUUAUGGGUUACAAUGAAAUUUGUCUGGAAUUGAAAAAUAAAACGGCCCCUUGGUCUAAGCACUGGGAUAGUGAAAGUAGGACUCCUUUUGCCGUAAGGGGCACUCAGGUGAUUAGUUAUGACGAUGGACAGUCGAUUUAUGAAAAAGUUAAAUUUGCUAUGGAGAAGAAUUUAGCUGGAAUAAUGGUUUGGUCUGUUGAUACUGACGAUUUUCAAGGCGAUUGUGACGAAGAAAAUGGCCAAAAUUACCCCUUAAUGCGAGAAAUAAACAAGAGUAUUGAAAAGGCACUCGAAGAUAUCAAGAAUAGUAUUAUAAAGGAAAAACUUGAUCAACUUGAAAAUAGCGGUUUCAGAGUUGUCGGUAGUUUUGAUCUCUUGUUAGUUAUUGUUGGUACUUUUUUGAGUUUGAGACAAUUUUUAGUAAUUAUUAAUUUUGUUUGAAUGUUCCUUUGGUUUAAAUUACAUUGUACCUAAUGAAUAAGUGUCAAAACAAUUGUUAGGCUAAAAAUUUAAAACAUUCGUGACUAUAAAAUGUGGCUGUACUUAUUUUGUAUUAUUUAGAAUUUUUGAUAAAUAAAAACGGUUUUUUUCACGUAGGCAAAUUUUCAAUUUUGGCCUUUUAC